ACAAUUGUCAUGAUAAUGACGCUGUUAAAGUUAGCUGAGUAAUCGUCGUGGAUUAUCGGGAUGUGUUUUCAUCAUCUUUUCCUGUUAAUACAAGUAUAAAACUGAUGCGUUUUGUAAAUUUUAUUGAGAAGGCAAAAAUGAAACGAAAGGCUGGCAUAGUUUUAAUACUCGUUUUCUGUUGCGUUUGGCAAGUUCAGGCAGCCGUCAACUGUACGGAGACUGGAGCAGGCAGAUUUGCCGAUGACGAUGACACGACUUGUCAAAACUACACGCUUUGCGUCUACGAUACUACGACUUUAGAUUAUUUGUUCUACAACUAUCAAUGUCCAUCGACGUCUGUGUUCAAUCCGAACAUUGCAAUGUGUACCGAUCCUGCCAACUACGUAUGCAAUGUGACGACCGCAAAUACUACCGUUUGUACCGAAGACGGGUACAUCGCCGAUCCGAGCUCCACGAAUUGUUCCAGUUACAUCGAAUGCGUAGGAAUAAAUGGUACAUUCACAGAAACCACCUACACUUGUCCGGAUAAUACUUUUUACGAUCCAAACACGACCCUUUGCGAGUCGAAUUACACAUGCACCAGUAAUUCGUCAAGUAAUAAUACAACUGAAACUUUCACUUGUUCCGGGGCCGGAAGAUUCGCAGACACUACGGACACUACUUGUCAAACUUACUAUUAUUGUGUGCUGGCCUCAAACGGAACAUACGUACAAUACGAAUAUACUUGUCCCACUACGUCUGUGUUUAAUCCAAAUACUAGGGUUUGUACAACUAGUUACACGUGUACAACAACCUAACGAUAACUUCUUGGAUGACGAUCAUAAUUAUCACAGCUUUACUUAGAAUAAAUAUAUUAUUAUAAUAAAUUGUCAUAGUGGUGGAUAAAUUUAAUUUAUAUGGCUCAUGCUAUAAGUAUCUUGAUUCACUGUGUUGGAGAAGAGUUUUCAAUUGAAAAAACACGGAGAAAACAUAUACAGCAAUUGGUUCUCUGGUAUUUAUAAUUUAAUUAAAUAUUCAUUAGUUUAAAUUAUUACACUUGCAAAAUUUGACAAGUGUAAUACUUUUUUUUAUUAAAAUUUUUGGUUUUAUUUCUCAUCUAUGUGCAUUUUAUUUUAAUUGAAACUUUUAAUGUAAGAAAUUAAAAUCUUCGCCAAUUAUCAGUA